AUGAACAUGAUACCCAUGGAAGCCCUCUCUUCUGCUCCUCCUGAUAUUCUGAGCGGAGGAAUUGAAUCGCUUGCCUCUUCCACGGAACAUUUAAGCUCUAUACUAUCCAUGAGCACCGAUGAAGCUGAAGCAUUGGGAGGACCUCUGUUUGGUUUUUCCUUGUUUCCAUAUCUCGCCUUUUUGUACUUUUUGAGUCGAGAGGAAACCAAUUGCCCCAAAGGCGUCACGGUUGGAUUUGCUACCCUCUUGUUAUUUGUAUUUUUGACUAUUCCUGCCGCCAUUUGCGCCAAACUACAAUUUGGAGUAUCACUCGCCGAUAGCGACUGGUUGCACGGAUCAGCCGAAUCCUUGCUGACAAUCACCAAUUUGGUCACUGUGGUGGCAUUUCGGCAAGCUUUGAAUGCAAAGGAACAACAGGCGGAGACCAUGCCCGCAUCGGCAGAAAGCUACGGUCCAAUGAUUGCGCUGGCAAUCCCCUUGAUCUUGUUGGCUGGAGUUACCGCAUUUGUUCCAGGCCUUUCAGGGGCUGAAGUUCACGCUCCUUAUCUGAACGGAUUCAUGGAUCUGCCGUACAACUUCUUUGCCGACAAUCUUGGCGCAAAUCCUGAGCCAGCCAAUGCGCUCACUGUCGCAACCUGGAUCAUUCACAUUUCAUCCUUGGUAGAAUUCUUGGUGGCCAUGGGAUUUGCUUGGAGAUGGGCCGAUGUAUCCAACAAUCCAACAUGGAAGGGUCUCACCUGGGGAUUGUUGCCCUUGCACAGCUCGGGGAUUACAGCCUGUACCUAUCACUUGUUUUACAAUGGCAUCCCCGUCAUGGUACCCCUUCAGGCCUUUUUGACGUGCCUAGGAAACGUGACGGCCGCCUAUGCAGCCUUUCGCAUUGCUCGUUACGAAGGAUGGAAACCCGAGGAAGAAUUGGAUGGAGCACUGGCUUGGGCAAACGCGUUUUUGAGCGACGAUGCAGAGACCAGCAGCACUAGUAGCAGAAACGACAAUACGCAAAUUCGAGAAGAAUCGGCAUCCCUAGUGGGCUUUGAGGAUCUUGGAAAUGCUCUCAAGGGAGACACGGACUUUUCUUUUGUGGUUAAGCUGUUUGUGGGCUGUGCCGUGGCAAGCUACGGCGUCAAGUACGGGGCAACUUUCUUUGAUUUUCCCUACGAUGCCAAUGUCUAUCUGGGGCUAGCUGUCAUUCUGGUUCCCUCCGCCUUGAAUGCUUUCAAGUGGUACAAACGAGGCUUAGAUCCCACAUUUGAGGGAUGGUUUUGA